UAUGUAUGUUAAUAUCAUUUAAAUUUAAUUACAUAUCCUAUCAAAUAGAAAAAAAUUAUUUUUGGAUUAAUAAAAUUGAUCUAUAUUUUUGCACCAAUUUAAUUAUAUGUGUAAUAUUUAUUGACUUUUAAUUAUUCAAGAUAUCUUUAUUAUUUUAUAAUAUGUAAAAACAUAUAAUACAUAAAAUAAUUUUUAUAUAUAAUAUUUAUUUCGUGAAGGGUGCGAAUCUUAACCUAAUAUAUAUAUAUAUAUAUAUAUAUAUAUAUAUAUAUAUAUAUAUAUAUAUUGAUUGUUUUGUUUCUUGUAAAAAUAUCUUAGUCUUUUUUUAACGAAGUCAGAAAAUCUUAGGCUUCAAAUGGAGAACACAGAUCAAAAAAUAUAGAUCAAGCCAAUAAUGCUGAUCAAACAGAUCAUAUGCAGAUUGAACCGAUAAUACAAAUCAAAUGCAGAUCAACAUGAUUAUACAUAAAUAUUUUGAAAAUCAGACCAAAGAUUGACUCGACAUGGUGACUGAGUCAAUUGUUGGACGGGUAUAAUCAGUUCAACUGGGAUCUUAUUUUUAUUUUUAAUUAAUUAAAAUAUAAAUUUAUAGUUAUAUAAUUAUUUAUUAUAAUUUUCACCAGUAUAUUAUAAUCAUAAAAUAUUAUAAUUAUGUAACUAUCGUAAACUAAUGUGGAUUUAUAACAAAUUGUUGAAAUUUUAUUUUAUCUCUUUAAUUUUUGAAAAGUCGAAUUUUGAUAUUGAACCGGUUCACCGGGUUUUACGAGUUUUAUCGGUUUUACGAGAUUUGACGGUUUAAUUCAAAUAUGGUUUUUUGAGCAACCCUGAACGUGAAGAUGGAUGAGUCACGGUUUGACCGGCCGGUCAUGUCCGGUUUUUAAUUACGGUACAAAACAAUUGUAGCCUUAUUUAUCAAAUAAACUUACUAAAUUAACAUAUUUUAUUAAAUGUUAUAAAAUGAUAAUUUAAAUUAAAUAUUUAAACAAAAUAUACAAAUUAUUAUUUAUAAAUAAUGAAAUUUAAAUUAUCAAACAUCAUAGAUAUAUUCAUUAGAAUAAGUUUUACAAAAUAUUGGAAAAUAAAAAUUUAUAAGCAAGUAUUAAUUAUUUUAAUUAUAUUACUUAUUAAAAAGAAGAAAAAUAAAAUAUACUAUAAUAUAUAUAUAUAUAUGUUUUCUAUCAAUAUAAGUAUUAUAUAUGAUUUUUAGUGAAGCAAAUAAAAUAGAUAAUACAAAAAUAAUAUGUAUAUCUAGUUAUUGCAAACAUAAUAUAUAAAAAUAUGAAUAUGUUGAAUAUAUAUACAUUUGUGUAAAUGUUUUAUAAAAUUAUUUAUAUUCUAUAAAAUAAACUCGUUUUAAAAUAAAUUAAUUCCAAAACGAAAAUAUUAAAUUUUACUUUUAAAGAUUUAGUUUUUAGUUUCAAAGUGAAUAACAUGAAUUAAUAAAGUAGGCUAUCUAUUAAUAAUUAAUAGCCAAAAUAAAUAAAUUUAUAUUAUUGGUCUGCAAAUGUACAACUUUUUUUUUCCUUAUUUGCAGAUCAAAAAAUUUAUGUGUAAUUUAAAUCUGUAUGCAAAUUUUUUAUUUUUUAAUCAUUUAUUUUUGAUCUGCAAAAAAUAUGUUAAACGACAAAAAAAUUACUAUUGUCCAAUCUGCAUUAAAAGUGGUAUGUAUUUAUUCUGCAUUUGGCCUAUGGUACAAGCCUUAGGACUUCUCCAACCACUUACACCAUUUUAGUAUCAAAACUACACUAUUUUAAUGUAAUUACAACACUAAAACCAAGGUCUUCUCCAACCAUAACACUAAACUUCACACUAAAACUAUUUUAUAAUAUUAUAUAUAUUAAGUUUUUUUGUUUAUCCUUUAUUUAAUUGUAUGUUUUAGUAAUAAAAUAAGUGUAUAGUAUUUUAGUGAGAAAAAUAAUGUUUUAGUGUGGUGAAUAAUAUCACAUCAAAUUUGGUGUUAAAUUUUAGUAUUGCAUUAAAAUGAUGUGAUUUUUGCAAUUAUAAAUAAUGAUUUGAUGUAAGAAUCACAUUAAAAUAGUGUUUUGCAGUUGAUUUGAGUCAGAUAAUCCGUGUCAGUGUCAAACAUAUGCCUGACAAAUAUAUUUGAGUCAGAAUAUCUGUCCCAGAAUCAUUCAAAUAAAUCUGAGUCAGAAUAUACUAUGUCGUCUAGUUCGGGCUUUGCUGGGCUUUAAAAUAUCAUGUCCAAUAAAAAUAGAAUGGACCUUCCUAACAAAUAUGUGGGCUAUAAGAGCUAGGACCGGGUCUUAUAGGACCUUUUUUUUUUGUGGGCUAAAACUUUUGGUGACGUAUAAAUGUUUCGUAGAAGAAUGGUAACAAAGGAAGAAACCGACUCCACUGCCAAACAUUUUUUGAUUAAAACAUGCCAACUGGAUUAUUGCUUUUUGUUUUAGUUUAACAAAAAACAACAAAAAAAAUUGAAUAGAUCAUUCUCAGACAUCAAAAAAAAAAAAAAAAAAAAUUAACGUUAGAAACUCUGAAGAAAAGAAAAGAGAGAGAAUUGGUUUCCCUCCGGCGUACGGCCGGCGCGUGAGCGUACGGCCGGCGCGUGAGCGUCCGUGCCGUCGCCGGAGUUCUUCGUUCUUUUGGUUUUCUGUCUUCCUUUUCGUUGUCUUUCCAGAUCUUCCUUCGCUUGCCUUGUCAGAGCUAUGUGGUGUCUCAACUUUGGAGUGAAGACGCAACGUUUUGGAGGAUCUCGGAGGUGACUGGGAGUUUGUUGCGCGUUCUGGUCGUUUUCCUCCAGGCGAUGGAGGCUUCCUUAGCUCCAUCGACGUCGGUUCUUCGUGGGGGGUGGAGGCUUUCUUUAGCUCCACCGACGCCACUCUUGCUUCCGAGAAGGGGAGGCUCCCUUAGCUCUCUUCGCCGGCUUUUGGAUUACGGUGAGAGGAGGCUCACACAGAUCCUUGAUGCCGACUUGGAACCCUUUGUUUUGGGUGAGGGAACUAGUUUCGAGUUUGUUAGCGGUAGUUUUGGUUUACGAUGAUGUGAGUGCGGUUUACGGUUCGACUGUCCUGCGUGUCCGGUGGUCCAAAGUCGGAGGCGCUCUCGGUAAUCCGAUGAACCUUCUGGCGUGAAGACAGUUCGACGUUGAUAAACGGUUUUUGGAUGUGCGGAGGCUCUGCAAGUUAGGAGCUCCGGCUUUAAAUGGUGUCGGGGUUGAUCUCCGGUGAUGGCAUCGUUCAAGUCGAGAUAGGUUCCACGUGGUGUGCGGAAGGCUAAGAUGAAGACACGUGGUUCAAACCUAUUUCCUUGCGGCGCGUUUUAGGGCGAACUGUCCGUGUCGAGUAGUGUGGGCCGUUUGGGCCGCUAUGUAUUUUAUGGGCUUCGGCUCUUUGUGUGUUUGCUUUCUGUGGCCCGUUGUUUCUCUGGGCUUUUGGUUUGUACUUGUUUUGUUCGGGCUUCGGCCCUGGGCUUGGCCCUAAUAAAUAACAAUUUGAAAAAAAAAGAUCAUUCUCAGACAUAGUGUGGUAUUCUAAAAUAAAUAAUAAUUAAAAGGAAAUAAAUAACAAUUAAAACAGAAACAAAUAAUAAUUUAAUAGUUUAUAGUAAAUUACCUAUUUGGAUGUAUGUGUUCAAAAGGAAUCUGGUUGCCAGCGAUGGACUAUAGGAUGUUUUUUGUAACAUCCCGAAUUGUGAUAUGUGAAAAGGUUUAAGAGAAUUGAUUUGGCUACAUAUGUCAUCAAAGUUGACUUAUCUUUUCCGGAACACAUCCUGAAAGAACUCCAGAGUUAAGCGUACUUGAACUGUAGUAGUGGAAGAAUAAGUGACCUAUCGGAAAGUGAUUGGCGAUAGUGUGCGAGUGAGUCCAAAGCAUGAGAAAAGGUCGGAUGGUGAUUGACGGGUCAGUAAACAAAGAUUUCGAGCCUUUGGAAAAUUAACGGACUGACCGUCAGACGGAAUGGGACCCACGGGCUGAGAGAGUGGACGUGGGUGGCCCAUUAUCCUCAACACAUUCCAGCUCAUCUCAGAAAGAAAAUCAAGGGGAAACCUCAAUUAGAACUUUACUGUACUAGUGAUAUAUUAUUGUGCAUGUUUUCUUUGUUAACUUAUUGGCCCACAUGGCCCGACAACAGUAUUUCUCCCCAACGUGGCAAAAAGUCACAAAACCAUCAAUAAACUCAACGUUUUCAUAGAUAUCUCUUUUUCACUGAUAUGUUUCUUUGAAUAUAUCUUUAUAUAUAAAAGAGGGUUUGAAUCCCUCCCAGGCUAUCCACGUAGGAUGACAUGUCACAAAUUCGAGUGAUAUUGUUGCGCCACGUAUGAAACGCAACGUUUCAUUUAUUAUGUAUUGUAAUGGGCUUCGUGGAUUUUAAACAUAACGCGUGACUUUGUGGCCUUUUAACGCUACGGCUGCGUUCUAAUUCACUCCUCUUCAACGGCGGUGCAGUGACGCCUGAGCUUCAUCUCAGUUUCUGAAACAGUCCGAUUGAUGGCUUUUUCGUGUUUAAUUCCAUUAAUCCAUUCACCCACGACGAUGAAUUCAAUGCGUGGUUUAGAUCUGCAAGGCGAUGUGUUUUCGAGUAUAAAUAGGCCAGUGUUUAUCUUCUUGGAAUCACCAUCUCUUCAUAUCUCUUACUAUCUCCGAUUUUCAUAUUUUACAGUCUUAGUUCAUCUCACUCUUUCCAAAAAGGCUCCGACGAGAUCUCCGGUGACUAAUGGGAACUCCACGCCGAAUAGAUUCUUCAAACGGCUGUUCCGUCCUCCGUCUCCGGCUAAAUGCAUCGUCGCGAGACAGCACGUCUCCUCCGUGAAGCGGAAUGAGGCAGCGUGGGUUUGGAUAAGAGCUUUGAUUCUCCAAGAGUUUAAGAAAAGUUAGUGCUUUUUGAUUUUUUAUCCCAAAAAGGUGCUUUUUGACUUGAUAUCUUCUGGUUCUGUCUAACAAUCUAAGUUAUGAGAUAUGUUAGAUUAUUUGUAACUAUUGUGUAGCUUAGGAAGGCUAUUGCCAUUGAAAAUAUGUGGAUAGAAGUGAAUAUAUUGAAAAAUAUUAGGAUCAUGAUGAUGCAUAUUAGGAUCAUGAUGAUGUCUAUAUUGUGAUCCAGCUAGCUCUUUUAGAUCAGACUUCCUUGGACUGGUGUUUAUAUAAAUCAAAACUUUGUUUUCCCAAAUUUUGUUCUAAGAUUGUCUUUAAUUCACCCUUUUGAUUCUUCUUUCAGGAUCUCCGGUCAAUCUCCCUACCAAGAGUUGGUUUUAAAGGUUUUGCUUGCCAAUGAGUGACGUUCCAUACAUAUUUCCAUUGUAUAGGGAAAAAAAUUAUUGAGUAUCUUUCUUUAUUUAUGUUCUAUGAAUCUUUUAUGUCAUAAGCGUUCUAUGAUGGUUGAUGUUUUUGAUUUUGAUAUUGGCAGGUGAGCCACGAAGCCGUUUGCUUCAUAGUGGAUGGAGCGUGUUUGUUUCAUUGAUGUGAAGUAUCUAAUUUUUCUAUAGAGGCGAGGAUGUGGAAUCACUUGAGAAAGUAUUAAAAAGGACGAAUUAAGUAGGAGGGAAGAUUCAAUGCAGAAAAUGUAUCGAUGGAUCAGUUGCAGUCACCAAUUUAUAUUAACAUGAACAGGGGAGGAGCUUGAUAUUUUUGUAAACGAUGGAGGCUGCAUCAUGGAGAAUCGGGGAUGGUCUCUCAAGUGGCAUCUGGAGCUAUACAGUGUCUUUAUAAUUAAUCCAACUCUCAGGCCAGAUUUUUUUUGAUCAAUCUCAUAAAAAAAUUUAUGUAUUUUUCUCUGUUUUUCAAUAAAUGUUGAGAGCUUUGCAAAUCUGUCAAGAACACUUAGCAAUUGUAAAGGAGAGUCCUUUUAUUCACGUUUGAUAUCGUAACACCAUUUAUGUGUAACGACAUAGUAUGUAACUUACAGCUAUACACACUAAGUUACAGAAUGUAACAGACCUAUAUAUGGCCAAAUACUUCAUCAAGGUUACAAAAUCCAACUUGAAUAGACAAACACUUAACUCAAGAUUUGUAGUUAUAAAAAUUUGUAAAUCAUUUUUAUUUAAACCAGCUUCAAUUUAGAAACCAAUUUCUGCUAACAAAUUCAUGCUAAAGUACAAGAUGCAUCAAAAAUGGUUAUUCGAUUGUUUCUUAUAAACUUUGAGAUCUGAGAUUAAUAUGUAGUGAACAAAUUAAAUAGGAUAAAAGUAAUCACUGUUUUGUUAAAUGCGUGAAAAUAAAUAAAUAAAUAUAUAUAUAUAUAUAUAUAUAUAUAUAUAUAUAUAUAUAUAUAUAUAUAAUUGGAGGAUUAUAUUGACGCUAUGUUGAAUGUGUCAUUAAAAUUCUUAAAAUGAAUAGUAAAAAUAAAUAAAUAAAAUUGUUGUAAAACAAUUAUGAACCUUAAUGUUAUUUUUAGUUAAUGUAUAUUAAAAUUUUAAAUAUAUAUUUUUUUCAUUAGUUUAUUCACACGCCCGCCCGUAGGGCGGGUUUACCCUAGUUAUCCAAACUAUUAAGUUAUAUAUACACAAUGUAUUACAUAUGAUUAUGCUUCCCCCCCCCCCCCCCCCCCAAAAGAAAAAUGGAUGUAAUUUUUAAAUUUUUUAGAUUUGAACAAUCUCUAGCAAGCUCCACCAGCAAGCUCCACCAGCUUUAUAUUGUAAUUGUAACUAUAUUCAGAAGUUCGAAUAUUUUAUUUAAAAAAUACUUCGUAGAUAUUGGUUUUAUAUACGUGUAUACUUUUUUAGAAAGAUAUAUUUGUGUAGUCUCUCAAAUCGAAAUCAGAUCGAAUUAUAUCUCCAAUCUUCGAUAUUUUGGUCCACAAUUGACAAGUUCGAUUACGACACGUAGUAACAAAUAUCUUAAGACUUCCGAGUCAUUGACUACAAUUUAUUUAGUCUUCGCACAUUGAUUACACUUUCUUAGUUCAGCAUUAGUAUUAAUCAAUUUAUCGACGUUAUGAAGGUUUUUUUUUUCCUUUUGAGAAAGGGCUUCUUUCGACGUUAUGAAGUUUCAAAAUUAAAAUGCCAUUUGAGCGCUGAUGAUCGUAAACUUUUCGUCAAUCUCUUUAAUAUAAACCCAAAAUUUCCGCUUCUAAAUUUUUAAUAAUAAUACCAGUAAAAAACUCAAUUUUUUUUUUUUAUGUUUUCUUUGUCAGAAUAUCCGUCUCUAAAUUAUACUAUCUGUGACAUUCAAUUAUAUAUGAGUCAGAAUAUUUAUCGCAAAAAUUAUAGAGCGAUUUGCAUAGAAAUUCUAGUAAGAUGGCAAUAUUUGCGUCCAUGGAAAAACGGAAGGCCCAAGGACAAGGCCCAGUUGUAUUGGGUGCGAAAAGACAGCGUUACCCCUAUCGCCUCUCCUUUCACGUAAGAAGCUGAAGCGAUUUAUAAUCAUUCCAUGCAUGUAAUCAUUAGAAAAUAUAUACAUAUAUAACGCUGUUUAUAUCGGUAUAGCCCGAUUAUGUAAGAGUAGCCUUGUAUGACUAUCGGUAUAGCCCGAUUAUGAGUUCGUAUUGUAAUCAUAAAUAAAGCAUCCCCCCCUUUAUAUUUGUGUUUGUCUAGCAACAAGUUAUUUCAUGAUUUGUCUUGUUUGUGUCACUAGGACGGAUAACUGCAUUUCUUGUUCUACAACUUAGACGGUUACGUUGCAGUUAAUAAGCGUCUUAGAUGGCUAUAUAGACUUUAGCCGGUCAUUCAAGUUUAGCCGUUCAUUCAAGUUUAACCGGUUUAAAUAACGUACAUUGUCUCUGAUUUGCUACAUUAUCCGGUUAAAAGUACAUGACAUAGACUUAGACGGUUGCUAAAGCUUUAUUAAGAUAAAAAUUAGAACAACUUAUAUGAAAAUAGACUUACACAGUGUUCUUGAAUUGUUACAUUAUCCGGUUAACAGUCCAUGGAAAAAAUACUUAGACGGUUGCUGAAGCGUGCCAGGUCCUCUAGGCUUAAACGGUUGUUUCUGGUAUGUUACUUUAUCCGGUUACAAGUACAUGAGAGUAAACUUAGACGGUUACUAAAGCUUUAAUAAGAUGAAGAGUGGAAACAACAUGAAUUGCAUCGAGAGAUUGAAUACGAUUAACCGGUUAGAUAAACGAUUAGCUUUAAUAAGAUAAAAAUUAGGACAACAUUCAAAAAGUGGAUAUACCAAAAAAGGGUAGAAAACAACAUUGAUUCCAUCUAGAUAUUUAGAAGAUUAGCCGGUUAAGACGGAGAGUGUAACGAGAUUUAACAAACUCUGAUAACUGUGGAUUCGUCGGUGAGGGGUUCAUCGCCGAGAUUGAACCGAUGAUUACGCUGGUGAAUCUUCAUCAGACAGGGGAACGGAAAGGAGAUGUCGGGGACUGAAACGGCAACGAGAGGUGUGAUACUGAAACCGUAACGAGGGUCCGAAACUGAAACCAGAACGAGAUAGUCGGAAGUUUUAUAAUACCAUAUUUCUGAUUUUGGAGGAAUUUGGAUGAAAGAGGUGAGUUGUGUUGUGUUGCGGAGAAAACAAAGGUAGAGGAGAGAGAUGUAUGUAGUAAAUUCGAACUGUAUUGAUUGUAGUGAUAAUAUUACUCUUGCCUCACGCGUAAUGAUGGAAAGCUCUCGUAGGUAUCGAGCUAAUGUGUGUAGGGGUAAUAUUGUCAUUAAAAAAAACACGUCGCCCUUUACUCCAAAAAUCCAUCGCCGCAAAUAUGUGGGUUAUGCUUGUAUAUACACUGCAAUUUCUCAAAAUUAUAUCUGUGCCAUUAAAGUGUAUCUGUGUCAGUGCCUAAAUUCCGCGUCAAAUAUUUAUGUUUUCUUUGUAAGAAAUGUCAAUGUUACCUUAAACAACAAAACAAAAAGAAUCAAAUGUAAUAAAUAAUAAUUAGUUCAAAAAAUGUAAUAAAUAUUUUUGUUAUUCUCUCUUUGAUAUUAUAAAUAACAGAUCGUUUUCAGUCUCGGAGACUUAACAGAAGGUCAAAAACUAAAACCAAAACAGGAUGGCUCUCGUUAUUAUGAAUGUCUUACUUCUUUUAUUCUCGGUAGUCUUAGUUCGUUCCGAUCAAACUACCACGCCUCUCAAAUCCUUUAAGAUCAGUGGAAAUGUAACAUACGAUUGCAUAAAUAUUUAUAAGCAACCAGGACUUGAUCACCCUUUGCUUAAAAACCACACGAUCCAGAUGAAACCAUCGAGGACUGAAUUAAAUAGUCAAACUGGCAACAGCAUCACACAGAAAAAUAAAAUAAAAUGUCCAGAUGGAACCAUUCCUGUAUUAAGAAAUACAAAAGACUUCCUCACCAGCGCUAACCUUUUCCCCGAGAACUAUGUCCAUCCACAAUCAGUAGACAGCCCUGGAACACAUAUUGCUGGAGUAAGGUCGCAUGCUGGUCCAUAUCGUGGUAUACAAGCUUGGGUUUAUGGAGUUGACCUAAAAAUCGAAAAGGAUCAAGCCUCAUAUAGUCAAAUAUAUUUAGGCAGUGGUGUGAAUAACAAGAUCAAUUAUAUCUCUGCGGGAUUUAUGAUAAAUCCAGGAUAUUUUGGCGACGGACGUGUUUGGUCAUAUGGAUUUUGGAAGGGUAAAGAUGGAAAAGGAUGUUACAAUACAGCUUGUUCAGGGUUUGUUCAAGUAUCACAGACGAUCCCCAUAGUUCAACCCAUUGAUAUUUCACCAACAGAACCUUCCUUUUUACGUCCCUUCAUACAUCAGGAUAAAAAUACAGGGAACUGGUGGCUUACAUAUCUGGGGCCAGAUAAACCCAACGGUGAUCUCGGUUAUUGGCCAAAAGAAUUAUUUGACCAUUUUGACAAUGGUGCGAAUAUGGUUGGAGUAGGUGGUGUGGUUAAAGCUUCGCCUUCUGGUUCAAGCCCUCCAAUGGGUAAUGGUAAAUUUCCAGAUGGAGGCCGGAGAACUUCAGCAAUUUUUGCAAACAUUGAUGUCUUGAAUUCUAACUACGAGCAAAGUAAAAUCAGUUAUUUUCCUAUUGAGAUAUUGGUAGAUAGUCCACAAUGCUACGGGCUAAGAGUCGGUACGGUAAAGUGGUACCGUCGUACUCGUCUAGGGUACUUUUUCAAUUACGGUGGUCCAGGAGGAAACUCUUGUGGAGUUUGACAUUUUCUGUGGAAUCUUUGACAUUUAUCUAUGCAACGGUUUACAGAUGCUGAAGUCCAAAUAUCUUAUCUAUUAAAAGAGAAGUACCAUUUUUAUCUACUACAAAAUAUUCAUACAAGAAGUCUAGGUCCAUAUAUUUUAUUGUUUAUAUUAGUUUAUUUAAUGUAUAACAUUUCUAAAUAAUUAUAAGGAUAUUAAUAACAAAUUCAUUUUAACUAUAAAUUUAAAUUUUAGUUUUAGGAAUAACUAAAUCUAUUGAGAAAAAAUCUAACAAAAUCUUUUAAAACAUUUAAAUAUUCUAUUAAUUAAUGCACUGAUUAAUUUUGCAAUUAGUAGUA